AUGCAGACGAGAAACGCCCAGGGAAGACGGGAGAGAGAGAGAAGCCCGGAUGAGAGAAUGGGAGAAAGUCGAGGUUGCUGGUUUGGUUCCAGUUUGGAUUUUCGGUGA